CAAAGUUCGACGUUUCAGAAGCCACCGCCACCACCACCACCGCCUCAACCUCAGCCGAGUCAAGAACAGAAUAGAGAGAGAGAGAGAGAGAGAGAGAGAGAGAGAGAGAGAGAGAGAGAGAGAGCAGAGGAGAGAGAAAAAGUGAAUGACGAGUGAGAUCCAGCUACCCCCAGGAUUUCGAUUUCAUCCGACGGACGAGGAGCUGGUGGUGCAUUAUCUCUGCCGUAAAUGCGCAGCGCAGUCGGUGGCCGUCCCGAUUAUAGCAGAGAUUGAUCUCUACAAGUACGAUCCAUGGCAGCUUCCGGGGAUGGCACUGUACGGUGAAAAGGAGUGGUAUUUUUUCUCGCCGAGGGACCGGAAAUACCCGAACGGAUCGCGGCCGAACAGGGCGGCGGGAACCGGAUACUGGAAGGCGACCGGCGCCGACAAGCCAAUUGGGCGGCCGAAGACGCUGGGAAUUAAGAAAGCGCUGGUGUUUUACUCCGGAAAAGCUCCCCGGGGCCUUAAGACUAACUGGAUCAUGCACGAAUACCGCCUCGCUAAUGUCGAUAGGUCCGCCGGCAAGAACAAAAAUCUCAGGCUCGAUGACUGGGUACUAUGUCGAAUUUACAACAAGAAAGGAACAAUCGAGAAGCAAUCCAGCCUCGAGCAAAAGCCACAAAUCUCAACGCCGCCGCUGUCACAGCACCCUCUGCCGCCGCACCCGGUGGCGCCAUCGGCACCGGCGGACGAUUUCCUCUACUUCGACACGUCGGAUUCAGUCCCCCGGAUGCACACGGACUCGAGCGGCUCCGAGCACGCGGCCUCGCCGGAGUUCACGUGCGACAGGGAGGUACAGAGCCAGAUCAAAUGGGAAAUGGACUUGGGAUACCAAAAUGCCCCCGACUUUCAGUUUAAUUACAUGGAUGCCCUUGCAAAUGACCCUUUUGCCUCUUCUCCGAUGUCCCAUUUCUCGCCGCUGCAGGAUAUGUUCUUCAUGAACCUCCAGAAGCCCUUCUGAUUCGCCCUCUCGGACGGCUGAGGAUCGCCAGGGGCAGCAUGAUCGCCUUGAUCAACGGUGGCUGGUGCCGGUUGGAUUUUCCUAAUGUUAAUACCGAUUACAUUGUAAACAAAUUCUUGUACCUGUAGGACUGUAGUAAGAUUAAUUUUUAAAAAAAAAAAAAUAGAGAAAGUAUAUGAUAGAAAGCUAAAAUUUAAAUUUAUUUUUUGAUUGGGGGAAAAUCCCAAAAGUCAACAUCCACUUUUGGGGGAGGUUUGACUCAUUUUUUUCACCUUUUGAAAAAUGAAUUGAAGAUUUGUAAGCGUUCUCAUUUUCAUAUUGGAAAUUCAAUUUAGUGCAAUUUCUUGGAA